AUGAAUCCAAUUAAUGUCCGAACAUGCCCGCUUCGACACCGGUCCGGGAAGGUGCCGGAGCAAGCUGCAACAUGGAGCUGGAGAUCCGAUGUUGUUGAGAUAUGUCUCGGGGCUCUGUGUAGCGCCGUGAUCUGGCGGUAUACUUCCCACAACGACCAUACGUACGGCCAGAGAGGGAACCACCCAGAAAGCCCAAGGGAACGCAAUGGAAAAGGCGUCAUUUUAUCUCCUUCAGACGGGUUGAUGCUCUGGUCAUGUCUGGUGUACGGCUGCUGUGUCUCGUCAUUCAUCCAUCGCCGGCAGGAGAAGGAUCCGUUCCAGUUGUUCGUUUACCUAGUUUUUGUCGCUGGCGCUGGAGUCGCCGGAUAUGCCGUCGGAGCGAGUGCAAAUCUGAUGCUGCUCGGAUACCUUCCGUGGGCCAUUUCCCUCGCAAUGGCGGCCAGCCUUUUGGGCCACGGUCUUUAUAGGAGGUGGAAAUGUGUUGCACCGAGUCCAGGAGACGAGGAGAAACUCCAACCCAUACGUUGA